CCCCUCCUGCCUCGUGCCGCCCCCGGGUUCUGUUGGGUUAUCAGUGGGACAGAUCCCGCGGUAUUUUGCAGCUCAUAUAAAAGCUGUCAACGUUCGGGUUGAGUUCUGUCCCGUUUCAGGUGGCUGUUUGGCUCCGUGACCACCGAGCGUCCCCGGCUGAUCUUUGUGACGCUCUGAAGUGGAUGGCCCAGACGGACAGAGAUGAGCUGGGCUGAGGAGGAUUGGACGGUGGGCCUCUCUGGGAGGGUCCUGCAGAAGGUGAAGGAGCUGCAGGUGUUUAAGGAGCGACUGUCCAGAGAGAACAAGCAGAAGCAGCUGCAGCUGGACAACAUUCAUACCAACCUUGAAAAACAAACAGCGAAGUAUGAGGCGGUCCGUGGGGAGCUGCAGUUUGUUCAGAGAGAUCUGCAAAGCGUUCGGGAGGAGGCCGAGGCGGCCGUGACAGGCAAAGAGCGCCUCGCCCAGGAACUUCACACCAAGCAGGCCCAGGUCUGCUCUCUGGAGGGGCAGCUCGACGCAGGCUCGUAACCAAAACAUCCACCUCAGCCAAGAAAUCAAGAGAUUGGAAGCUGAGCUGGAAAAGCUGCAGAACAGCAGCCGGCGCGCAGACACCACUCUAUUUUCCACACCCUGCUGGACUGCAUCCUCACCCUGGGAACACAAUGGGAGCAGACAGGAAGACAGAUCCGGGCAGCGGGAUGAAGGACAGAGCCGGGGUCAUCAUAUCAGACAGCGGCUCCAGUUUUCAGAAGCGUCCGCAUCCUUCGCUGCCUCGACAGCAGCACAAGAGCACACCGCUCCGCCACCCAUCCGACCAGUCGGAUGUCUUUUCCACACCUUCAGGCGGUGUUUCCAUGGGAACGAGAUGACUCUGGACCUGCAUCCAGAAGACGACCCGCGUCUUCUCCUCAGGACGCCGAGCCCUGAGGCUCCUUGAAUCAAGGUCGAUUGGACCGGAGUUCUGAAGAAAAGGUCCACAAGACGGAAACAGACAUAUCUUCAUCAGAGCUGCAGAGUCGUCUCUCGGCUCUGGAGGACCAGCUUUCUGAGAAGGUCGGGAAUCUGAAGACGGUCCAGAAUGAAAUGGGGCUGAUGAAGAAGGAGCUCGCUGUUAAAGAGCUGGACCUGCAGAAAACCCAGGAUGGAGCUCAACAUGGCGCACACACGGAUGGCUCAGGACAAAGAACGGGUAUCAGAAGCCGAGCACAAGCUGAAGCAGCUUCAAGAGGAGCUCAAGUGCCAGAGGCAAAAUGCAGAGAGCAGUCGGCUUCAGCACCAGCAGCGCACCAAGGAGCUGGAGAAAGUGCAUCAGAAGGAUUUGGCGGAGCUGCAGAAGGAGAGGCAGUGUGUGGAGAAGCAGCACCAGCAGGAGGUGAAUAAGCUGAACCAGGAGCUGCAACAGGCCAGGUCGCUCCACAAUGCUCUGCAGGCCCAGGCUGACAAGCUAACUCUGCAGAAGCAGGCGUUGGACAAAGAGCUGGACUCUCUGAAGGAGAAGCUGAAGUGGACGGAGGAGCAGCUGAAGGAGAGCCAGAAGAAAGAGACUCAGACACAAGCCAAGCUGACGGAAGCCGUACGUGAGGCGGAGGGUGUGGCGGUAACCCUGGAGCAAAGCAGGAAGAGAGAGCGAGCUCUGGAGGAGGAGGGGAGGAAACUGCAGGAGGAGCAAGCUGACACCCUGCGUCUCCUCAAAGAACUGCAGGAACAAAAAGCUCCUGCAGCAUCGACUCAGCCUGCGCCGUUUGGACCCGUUGGACAGAGUUUUUCCUCUCUGUCUCGAGCCGCAGCCCACAGCCGGAGGACCGCAGCUUCCCAGUCAGAGCAGAACAGGGAUGGGAUCAGGGCAGAGGUCACAGCAGCAUGUCCUUCUGCCAGAGAGCCUGGGGAGGGAAUCGACGCCGAGCAGAUCAGCAUCACAAACUCUGAGCGUCAACAGAAAGUGGGACAAAGAGAAGAAGCUGAUAAAGAUGGAGAGAGCCGGAGAAACAGCGCAGAUAGAGCAACAACUGCUGAACACCCAGCUGCGACAGGAGGUCUGAAGAUCGAACAUGCACAACUUCCUAAAUCUGAUGAACCCGCUUCAUCUCAGGACUUCAAGAGGGAGAACGACGGCCUCCGCUCGGAGCUCCGCGAUGUCCGUGAAGAACUCCAGAGAAGGCUGGAGGACCUGGAGGUCCAGCGGCGGGCCGAGACGGAAGCGAGGACGCGCCUCAAACAGCUCAGCCGCAAGCACUCCACCCAGGCGGCGGAGAGGGAGGAGAGAGAGAAGGACCUGAAGGUAAAGCUGGAGAAUGAGAAGGCUGAGACGGAAAGGCUGAAGAGGAGCGUUGCUGCUUUGGAGGCAGAGAUGAAGAGAAGCAGAGAGGAGGCAGAGAAGGAGGAGAAGCAGGAAGAGGAGACGAGUACCACUCAAAACGACAGAGAGAGUGAACUUGUCGAGCUGAACAUCCAGCUGAAAAAUCAGCUGGCAAUGGUGAAAGCUCAGCUGGCUUUGGAACGAGAGGAACGAAAGAUGGAGGAAGAGGAGAGAAACCAAAGGAUGAACACAGAUUCUGAUGUGAACACAGAGCUGAGCGUGAAGCUCGCAGAGAUCAUGGCUGAAGUCAAGGAGCUGAAGCACAGAAGAGAAGAAGACUCAGUGGAAGAUGAGCAGCUUUCCACCUCCAGCAGCCCCCUACCCAGCCUUCCUGACGACGAACUCACCUCCAACACCGGUUGCUCUGACAACAGUCUCCUCUCCUCCCCAGAGGAGCACCUCCUCUUCUGCGAGUCUACCAACCAACGCAACGCUCUCCUGUCCACAGAAACUGAAGACAUUCUCCGUCUCAGCGGUCAAACAACCAAAGAAACAUCGGAUCAGAUCAAGCUCUCUUCAUCAGACCUCCAGCGGGAUCAGCCCCCGACCUCUGACCUCACUAAGGUGGUGGAGAUCCUGCAGAAAAAGUGUGCAAAGGAGUCAGAGCGGGCCAAAAAGUACAGAGAUAAAUUUGAGGCCCUGCAGAUCCAGGUAACACGUCAGACCAAAGAGCUGACCACUGCCUUCGAGAAGCAGAGUCAGCACAUCUUAGGCCUUCUUGCUGAGCUGCAGGAGAAAGAGAGCGCCCUCUUGAGCCAGGGAGAGGAAUUGAAGCAAUGCAAGCAAGAGUUGAAAGAACUAAAGCAGGAACAAAUCAAUGUGGCAACGCUGACAGCUGACAGAGAGACUGAAGAGAGAAAGAGAGAUGAAGAGCUUACAGAGAAAUCAAAACUUAUACAAGAAGAAAAGGCUGUUGCUCCUCUUCCCUCUUCAGACUUAAAUAUUCAAAAAGAAACAAUUCAGCCCAAUGUGGAGGAAUGUGAAGCUGAAAUACCUCCACCUGUUGGUGGUGAAGGUGCAGCUGUAACUUCUGGAGAGAGGUCUGCAGUCGGUCCAUGUGACUCUGUUGGUGAGGAGGAAGAGAUUCAGCUCAGUCAACAUGGAGAGAGAGUCGACACGUUAGCAGAACUUCAUGUUCUCAGGCAGGAAAAGCAGCUGCUGCAGCAGAGAGUCAGGGAUUUGACUAACAUGGACACCAGAGACCAAACUUCACAGACUGACAGUGAGAAUCAGAACAACACAGAAAACACGGCCUGCUUGGCAGGGGAAGAUCUGCUCAAGAAUGAGGCAGCGACAGACCAGCAGCUGCUAAUAAAUCUGAAGAGGAGCGAUGAUGAAGGUCAAGAUUUGGAAGGAGAAAACACAAGCAGCAUGAGUGGUGAAAGAAAUGCAGAGGACAUGACUGAGAUUCAGAUAAACCGCCUGCAGGAACAGGUGGAGGCGCUGCAGAGACGAGUCAGGACUCUGACUGAGGAGACCGAGGUCCAGGCCCAGGAGCUCGCCUUAUGGAGACUAGCGUCCCAGCCCGCCUCUGCAGUCCAACACUUACUCACCAACGCAGAUGAUGAGAGCGAAACGCUGCAACGCAUUCCUGCUGCCAGUCGGCCUGAACCCACAGAAGAGCCGACCAAACGCCUCGCUCAGAGCGGCCACAGCCAGGUCCAGAAGAACCCGGACGUGGUCACGGUCAUCAGGGAGGAUGAAGUAUCGCUCUGCUGCUCCUCUAGAAAGCUGCAGGGUCGCCUGCUGUUCUCCAGGCUUCAGAACAGCAGCCUUCCUGAACCAAAGAGCCUCCGUUCGCCUAAGAAGUCUCUUCAGGAACAACCCCGGAGCGGUGCAGAGUUUGACCCGGAAUCUGAAAAAGAAAACCAGGAGAUAAACUUGCAUUGGUCAGAAAGUUAUCCAGAACAAAACAAAUUGAAGAAAGAUGCUAAACUCAUCCAAGUGUCAUCGCAGAAGAUUGCUCAACACCAUGGAGCCAAAGAUCUCAGCGUCUCAGGAUCAAGUCUAAGCAAAGUGCAACAUUUCUACGCAGAAACUCAACAUACCAAACUGGACUCCUUCAGAGGAGCCGGUGACUUUGAAACACCGAUUUAUCCCCAGCGACAGUCAUAUGAAGGUAGAAGCUGUGAGUGUCGGCAGUCAGACUGAGGGCAGUUUGCUUCCUUGUGGAGUUUCUACGGCGUCUGCAGCCACUCAGACUGAGCAGGACUUCAGUGAUGAGGAAGAGUCAGUCGAAUCUCCUCCUGUUUCUCCCGUUUCUUCAGCAGGAGAAGAUGGAAGCAGGGGAGAAAAUGUUGCUCUCAGGUUCUUUUCCCAUCCCGUCCGAUCCGGCUCGUCUCGCUGAAAGGAUCCGCCGCAACAGGACGCAGCUGUCGGCCGCCUUCGAUGACACGGAGUACGAGCCGUACGGCCUGCCAGAGGUCGUCAUGAAAGGUUUUGCUGACAUCCCCACCGGCCCGUCGUGCCCAUACAUUGUGAGAAGAGGUUUGUUAGGAACAGUUCAACCUUUGUCUAAGAAAGAACCGCGAGAAGACGAGGAGACAGAUUAAAGCAAAGCAUCAGAUCUAGCAGGAGGAGCUGGUCACUUUGGGAGGAUUCUCUCCUCUGUUUGUUACCCUGCAGGUAACUGGGCCUGACGAGCUGCACUCCUCCACCUCGGUUCUGAACGGCUUUAAUUGUCCCAAGUUCACCCUGAAGUCGCUGUGCAGAGACUCUGCCGGUAAUCCACACCCACCUGCGUAAUCAGACUGUAGGUUUGGGAUUUAGUGACGUUUGUUUCUGUUCUUGAACCUCUCCUCCAAAAGGAUUGUUUUGUUUUCUUCCCACUCCUGAGUCGGGGGGCUUUCAGCUUACCUUGAAUUGAACAGUGCCUCGUCGACGUUUUUCUAAACCUGUCCAGAUAAGCUUGACUUGUUUUCCAAGAGGGUCGAUCCAAAAGUGAGAACACGUUCAAAAUUUUCCCGUUUUAACUUGGUAAGCUUUUUUAUUUAUGGACACUUGAAUGUGUUUUAUUAGUGCGUGGGAGGGAUGAGCGUUUACAGAAGUGUGUGUGAAAAACAUUAGCUGUGAAAAUUAACAUGUGUGUCCCUCAUCUUGAUGUCACUGUUUGUAUAUACAGUAAGUGGGCGUGUGUGUGUGUGUGCUGGGUGAGCACACGUCUAUGAGUCAGUGUAACCUGCACUGGUUUCCGCUCCAUGUAUGGAGAUACACACUGAGCUCCUUCUCUCCUCUCUGUCCUGCUAUGCUUCCCCGCCCUACACUAACAAACACUCUAACACUAGCUGGCUUUAAAGCCACUUUUAAAAGAAAACAACUGAAGUUUAAUUUUGUGGGAUCCUGCAGAGUCUGGAAAGAUAUGGGAAAACAUCUGGUCUUCCAGCUUGUUGAAUGUGAAACUAGAAAGAUCUUUUUGGGUUUCCUACAGCAUAAAAACUCACAAUAUCUGUGCCCGUUUCUCUUGUUACCGAGAAAUGGGAACACAGUUUUACAGAGUGAACAUAAACAUCACAUUUUAUUGAGGGAAACCUGAGUGAUGUCAUUAAAAAUUAUAAACUGAAUGAUCCACAUAGAUACAGAAAUCAUUUUUCUCAGUUACAAGCACAAACAUCUUUGAAAAAAGUUACCUGAUCAAAGUUCGUUCUUCCACAUGAUUUUCUCUGUCUGUUGUGUUGCUUUAAACCAGGGGUCAUUUGUGGCCCCUGAUGUGAUUUUGUGCACCCCCUUUAUGAUACAAAUAUGCCCACCAGUGCAGGUGAUUGAUGCAGACGGAGAGUUUUUUUUUUUCCAAUUAGGAAAAAAAUGACUCACAUUAUGUUUUUAUAGCUUAUAUUUUAUAGCUGAGUCUUUUUUGGUUUUAUUCAGUUGACCCCAAAAUAAAUUACUGAAGUAGCUCUAUUUUAUUUUAAGGUUUCAGAGUAAAGAGAUUAAAUAUGAAUGCAAACACAAUUGUAAAAAAUAGAAGAAAUAAGAAAACCAUGUCAGAUGUAUUGUUUUCUGUUGCUUGGCAGCAAAAAUGUUCAAAUUCCAGACUUGAGUAUUUUUGUUUUGCGCUUACAUGUCCUCCACUUGAAUGGGUUUUUGCAUUUUCUCCGGCUUCCUCCCACGUGACGGACAGGCGACCAAUGACUGCUGGAGGCCCUGCAGGAAUAAGUGGGUAUAGACAAAGGAUGGAUUGUUUUCCUUCCACUUAACGAUUACGUUCUACUUCCAUCUAAAUCACAGUAAAUUCCUCAGAAGUUUGUGGUUGUAACAGGAAAAUGAGAAGAAUACUAUAAUGCAGGGUUAUCUUGUUACCACAAGUCAUAGUCUUUGAAGGACUUGUAAAAAAAACUACGAUCAUACAAGCAUUUACAGUGAAUUAUCUGUAAAUGGACAUUACUAAGUUUGCAAGAUGCUUUAAUACAAAUGUGUUUUUGAAACAAAAAAUAUGAUGAAAUAAGUGAGGUUCCAGUAUAAGUUAUUUCAAUCUGACACCUACAUGAUUAGAGAUGUUCGGAUACAAGCAAUGUUGACACCUCAGUAGCUUUUUGUGCAGGAAAAUAAGGCAAAGCCUUUGUGCAAAUUUUUCUUUUAAAUUGUUUUCUAUCUGGACAAAUGUUUCAGAGUAAAACUCAUUGUUUUCACCUUAGUGUUGGUGUUGAAUGUAAGGGGCUGGAAAUCAGCAACCAUAAUGUUGAACUUAUUUAUACACGGUGCCGGUUUAUUACAGAGAUUAUCUCAAACCUACAACUGACAUAAUUCAUGUCCAAAUAUAUUGAAUCCAGUUAGCUUUAACUCAGAUUUAUUUCAGUUAUUAAUCAAGUUGAGAUCGAACAUGCAGAUUUAAUCCUGACAACACAAUCAGACUCAGUUGAUCACAUAAUGCCGAUUGGUGGCCUUGAUUUUUCAGCAAUCUCUCAUCUAAAGUGAGCAUGUGGCAACAGUGGAGAGAAACAGUCAGAACUGGACUUCUUUAAUAUUUUUGUUAUAAAACAAAUAAAAUGAAUUCUUUUUUUUUCUUUCUUUUAGCUAGAUGAAUCUUUUUGAGGUUAUUAAACCUUAUGAGUCCGGUAGGAAAUAUGACUUUUAAUCGACUUGAGCUCUGGUUUACCUUGAGCCAAGACCAUCUGGUUUCAGUCGCUUUAACACAAUUAUGAUGUGGGAGUAACUUGUUACGUUUUCUUUGCAAAUCCAGUUACAUUUUGAAUCACAAAUAACAAUGAAAAUGUGCAAAUUAUUGAGCAUUUUCUGUUUGGUUUCCCCAUGUUAAGUCUCAUGUAUUUCUGUCAUCUUGUAAAAUGCUCUGAUAAAGGGAAACAAUAUUACUGUUGUUUUUUUUUUUGUUUUGUUUUACUAAAAAGGAUCAACUUGUCUGAAGAUAAAGCAAGUAUUUCUGGAUAUUUCAGACAGAACUAAAUGGCCUUCAUAGAUAAACUCAAGUGAUGAUGCUCUGGGAGCUGCAUGGCCCCUCCGUCCUGCUGCUGCUGGAACGUCAUCCUUUCCUCUCUCUGUUUAGUUGCAUAAACGCAGAUAAAAACUGCUUGAUUUGCUUUUAUUGGGCCACUUCUCAUCAACUUGAACAUACUUUAGACUGUUUUUAUUAAGAUCUUGUAGUCUAGAAUAUUUUAAAUGAACUUGAAUUAUUUGAAUGUUCAUCUGAGUGCUUUAGUUGUGUUUUGAGGUGGAGUUAGUGAAGCUACAUUUAGGACUGUUUUUUUUUAUUUCAUGUUUUCUGCCUUUUAUUUUUUUAAUUUAAAUGCUGCCAUUCUCUCCUGGCAUUACCUGUUGACUCCACCUGAGCUGUUCGUCCCUUCAUCCUAAGUCUGAUUGUGAGCAGGGAAACUGAGUCUGUCACCUUCCUUCAAUGUGGAUGUGUCUGUGUUUUUUUUUUCAAUAACAAUAAAACUUUUGCUCCUGUUUUAA